AUGACGGUCGAAAAUCCCACAGAUAUCAUUCACACGGUCAACCUCGUCACACAGGUGCUAUGUAUGCCGAUAACAUCCGCGUUUUUGGCGUUACGAUGGUAUACCCGAUUCCGAUUCAAGCAGAGUAUUGGAGUUGAAGAUUAUGCGUGCACCGUGGCUUGGGGCUUGUUCAUGGGAUACUGCGGAAUCAGUAUCGUCGUCGGAAAAUAUGGUGGCGGUUACAACAUCGACGACGUCUCAGAUGCCAACCAGAUCCAGUUUAAAAAGUUCUGUUACAUCGCCACUAUCCUUUACUGCCCAAUGGCACUCUUCGUCAAAGUCGCUCUCCUUUCCAUCCUCACUCGCAUCUUCAAGCCCUACCGUGGUAAGGUGUAUUUCAUCUACGGCUUCCUCGCCUGCCUUGUCACAUACUAUACCGUCGCCUUGAUCAUCAAGAUCCGCAUGUGCGGUCCAAUCCCGAGGUACUGGCUCGGGGACGAAGUGGAAGGAUCUUGUCUCGACCAGACUGCCGCUCUGAUUGCCGACUCGGUGAUUAGUGUGGUCAGUGAUAUCAUCAUUCUCAUUCUCCCAUUGCCGUUGACUUGGUCUUUGCAAAUGUCACGAAACAGGAAGCUCCGUGUCAUCGGUAUUCUCAGUGCCGGUGGCUUGGCUACUGCGUUCAGUCUGUACCGGUUGGUGCUGGUGCUGAAAGAUGGUAACUCUAAAAACCAGACUAUUGUGUUCAUGGAUGUUAUUCUGUCCGGUAACGCCGAGGGUGGUAUGGGGUUGAUUUGCGCUUGUCUUCCGGUCCUCAAUGUCCUCAUUGUCUAUUACCGGAAGAACUACUCUUCUCAAAAGUACUAUAACCAGAGCUCCGAGCUCCAGCUUGCCGACCGGACAAAUAAUACCAAUCCCAAGGCCGGGUGGGAGAAGGCACCCAACUUUGGCGAUCAGAGCCAUCUUAUUUCUUAUGCUGGCGGUCUCGAGGCGAAUGAGUCUGGUGUAUUCGAUGGAAUCCGAAAGACCGUCGCCGUGGAGCAGACUGUCGAGAGUGCCAGUGCUGAUAGCGGCAGCCGAUAGUGCUGGCCAAUAACGUUGAUGAAUGUAUUAUAUAAUUCCCUUCACAUUAACUGCAGUCUAUUCAUAGAACAAUUUC